GCCCAUGUCAUGUCACCGGCCACUCUGCUACGUGUUCCGUCUGACAAAACGACAUCUCAUCUUCACAGGAACCAAUUGACUUCUAGUCCUCGAUACCUUGGUCCAUCACCGCAGCGAAGACGCCUUGCUUAUUCCCGUCUCGGACUCGGUACGUGGCUGGCUUGCACAAGCUUCGGCCCAAAAGUGUGGAGAAGCUCCUCCACGUUCCCUUGCUAGCCCUACGAAGCUUUCACAUGGCCACCAUCCUCGGCUUCCAUCGGCAUCAUCGCACAUGCCAGAAUACACCCCGCUCCCAGAACCGGAGGAGAGGAUCAUCCAGUCCAUCCUCUUCCCCGGAUCAGUUUACCAUUCUUUCCUACAUAUAGAGCCUCCUCAUUCUACACGCCCCACCUCAGCCGAAUAUACCUAUCUCGACCUCACAUACCACACCUACCUUCCUCGACCUCCACCGAAAUCAUGAGCGCCAUCCGCCACCUGACCCGCCGCGGGGCUUCGACGCUCCUUCGCCCCACCGCUGCCGUCCGAACCGUCCCCGCCCUCCGCCGAAGCUACACGGAGUUCACACCGACGCCCAUCUUCGCGCUCACAGAGACGGAAGAGAUGCUACGGGACUCAGUAUCGCGGUUCGCUUCGGAGACAAUCCUUCCCAAAGUCCGGGAGAUGGACGAGGCGGAGAAGAUGGACGCGACAAUAGUGUCGCAGCUGUUCGAGCAGGGGCUGAUGGGCAUCGAGAUUCCCGAGAAGUACGGCGGGUCCGAGAUGAACUUCGGGGCGUGCAUUGUUGCGAUCGAGGAGCUGGCGCGCGUCGACCCCAGUGUCAGCGUCAUGGUCGAUGUACACAAUACCCUCGUCAACACUAUCUUUAAGACUUAUGCGAGCGAGCAUCUGAAGAGCAAGUUCCUGCCGAAGCUGGCGAGCGGGAGUGUCGGCAGCUUCUGCUUGAGCGAGCCGGCGAGCGGCAGUGAUGCGUUUGCGCUGAAGACCAGGGCCAUGAAGAGUCAGUCUGGCGGCUCGUACACCAUCACCGGGCAGAAGAUGUGGAUUACUAAUGCGGCGGAGGCGGAGGUGUUUAUCGUGUUUGCCAACGUGGCGCCGGAACGUGGAUACAAGGGCAUUUCAGCCUUCGUGCUGGAGAAAGGCAUGCCCGGGUUCAACAUUGCCAAGAAGGAGAAGAAGCUCGGGAUCAAGGCGUCGUCGACAUGCGUACUGACCUUCGACGAGGUAGAGGUCCCCGUCGAGAACCUGCUGGGCAAGGAGGGCGAGGGGUACAAAUACGCCAUCUCGAUCCUCAACGAGGGACGAAUCGGCAUUGCGGCGCAGAUGACGGGACUAGCCCUCGGCGCUUGGGAAACGGCAGUGAAAUACGUCUGGAACGACCGCAAGCAGUUCGGGCAGUUCGUCGGUGACUUCCAGGGAAUGCAGUUCCAGAUCGCACAGGCACGCACCGAGAUCGAGGCUGCGCGUGCGCUCCUCUACAACGCUGUCCGCACGAAGGAGACCGGUGGGAUUCGCGCGGGCGAAGGGUUCGUCCGCGAGGCGGCUAUGGCCAAGCUCUACGCCUCGCAGGUCGCCGAAAGGGUCUCGUCGCUCGCCAUCGAGUGGCAGGGAGGCAUGGGAUUCGUCAGGGAGGGAUUGAGCGAGAAGUUCUGGCGCGACUCGAAGAUCGGCGCCAUCUACGAGGGCACCAGUAACAUCCAAUUGCAGACGAUCGCGAAGCUGCUGCAGAAGGAGUACAGGAAUUGAGCACGGCACGGCAUGUCGAAGCGGUGCGGAUGGAUGGGGCGUACGCAUUACGGAGUUGGCAUGGUUGUGCUUUUUUUCUUCUUUUCUUCCGUCUCCUUUUCUCUUGCCUGCUUGCUUGCUGUCGGUCGGUCUCUUUGUUCGGGUAGAUAUCGGGGAUUCUCUAAUUCCCUCGAUCCACUUGUGGACCACCUCGUUCGUCACCUCGUCAUCAUGAAACUCGCUCGCUCGCGUGAGACGGAGACGAAAACACGAGAUCUCACUCCUCCCGAUUCCCGAACCCGUUCCUUCCCCGCCCGCCCUACGGACGAUAACGGAGAUCCCAACCCAUCAGCCCACCGGCAACUUAGAGUACUUUAAGUAGAUGACAUCAUCUCCACUAGUAGUUCGUGAUGAUGAUGAUGGCGCGGUGUCGUGUGUGUGUGUAAAGAAUGA